UGUAAGAAUAUGGAUAUAAGUGAUGUUGAUGGCUGCAGGUGUUCUUGUGCUUGUGGAUGAGGACCAGAAUCACUUCCGGUUCUGACUUGAACAGGAUGGUGCCGUCUUUAUACAUCGAGGACGUUGCACAGUCGCAUGGCUCUCGUUCCUGAGCAACUCAUCGCCAGAGAGGCCACCUAGCACCCAUGACCUUCUUCUGUCAUCGUCGUCAUCCUGUCAGCCAGCCUCAGUUGCCCAGCCUUUCCGCACGCUCUAACGCGAGAAAAGAAGCAAUGCACGGCAUAAUGACUCCUGUAUGACAUGUCGUCUCUCAUAAUUUGGCCCCCAGCUCGCUCCCUCCGAUGCUGCCCGAGCGGAGAGGCAGGUCGGGAUCACCCGCAAGGUGGACUGUCCACGAGGCAGCCUGUGACGACGCACCCAAUGAUAUCACGCGGGCGCCUUCACGGGACCUGCAGCCCUAUGUGGUGGGGAUGCUGCGCAACAUGCAUCCUUGUCUCCGACUGGAUUUCUAUCCGCCGGUCUGGGCCCUGCGGCUGGCCGUUAGCGUCGGCCCAAUGGGCCUGCUGCUCGUCUCUGCCACCGCCUCUAUACACCCCUCCAAAGUCAUAAAGCUGACACAGCCACAGACAGUUUCCCCUGAGCAGAAUGCCCUCCUUCGGCCCUCCAUGCCUCCAUCACGGUUGGACGAUACACGGGGGCUCCGUCACUCUAGCUACAGCCAAACGGCUCAGCCGGCGUGGAGGGGCGAGGUCGGGCGCCAACCCAUGCCGGCGCGGCCAAUGAGGAUUCCCGCAAGGGCCAGGAAGGCUUCCGCAUCGCCAUGCUGCCUAGAAUGCCGUCAUCCUUCGCCGGGGCGCGCCAAGCGCGCUCUCUGCCUGGAGCUCAUCCGCAUGACGGAUUCCGCCUCGUCGUGCCAACUAUUUGAACAAGUUGACUCGUCUUUUCCUGAGAGCUCCCGGGGUUACCUCCAUAAUUGACCUUCUCUAUACGGACGAUCUCCGACGCCAUAACCCGACGGCUGAGAGGCUGAGCUGCUGACCAGUUGUGGCUGUCCCCGAGCAGGCCGUGGCGGCGCCAAUCACCAAGCAUCCCCCGCAAGCUGACGCUGACAUCGGGGACGGGGGCUGACAUCAGAAGUUGACAUGGCGUCUCGUGCCGCGGAACGUGUUACUUGACACAUUGCCAAAUUUUCCGUCCUCACUAUGCAGUGUAUCCUUCGUAGUUAAUUGCGUUUUGCUCCGCAGCUGUCACAGCAAACAACCAUCGUCUCACUCUCAUCCUUGGAUCUACGCGCAAUGGCCUAACCGGCAAUGAUUAUCCUAUCACGAUAUCUCCCGGUCAUAAUUUGCUGUAUGAGGUGGGGCCUAGGCACGUGAGUGCACGGUCCACCCCGAUGGAUAGACCUGGACCGCCUACGCACGAUCUGCGCCCGUGGUAGCCAAAAAUCGACAUGUCACUUUCCUAUUCUGGUAUCACCUACCGGGAUACCUCACACACU